CAGCGGCUUCUCGGGACACUCAACAAACGCAUAGGAGAACAGCCACAACUGAAGUGUCCUACAACAGGAACGUAAAAUGUCUCGCGUCUGAUUUGUAGAGUCAACUGAACAAGGGUUUACGGAAAUAAGAACUUUAAAAAAAUUAAUUAAUUUUUAGCGAAGCGGAUGGAAAUCAUUCGGGAGUGCAGCUUCCUCUCCUCCUCCUCCUCUUCAGCUGUGGUACCCUGAACUCAGACUACAAAGGGACGAGAGGUCGGGCACCGGUUAAAAUGGAUACUUUCUUUGUAGAGGGGGCCCGUGUCUGGCUGAGACACAAAGAGCAGCUCCUCCCCUCCACCGUCAGCUCUUGUGAUGAUUCCUCCCUGGUCCUCACCACCGACUAUGGGAAGGUGUUCUCCCUACAGAAGGCAGAGCUGAACAGAGAGACGGUCUACCCGAUGCACCCCAGCAGUGUCCACGGAGUAGAGGACAUGUCAACACUGGCAGAGCUGCAUGAAGCCGCCAUCAUGCACAACCUCUUUCUGCGCUACCAGAAAGACAACAUCUACACUAACAUAGGUUCUAUCCUGGCAGCGGUAAACCCCUACAAGCAGAUAGCAGGACUGUAUGACGGCACUGCAGUGGAGUUGUACAGCAAACACCAGAUGGGGGAGCUGCCUCCUCAUAUCUUCGCUGUGGCCAAUGAGUGUUACCGCUGUCUGUGGAAGAGGCACGACAGUCAGUGCGUUCUCAUCAGUGGGGAGAGUGGUGCUGGGAAGACAGAGAGCACCAAGCUGCUGCUGAAGUUUCUCUCCGUGAUGAGUCAAAACUCAGCAGGUGCUCCUCCGUCGGAGAGGACCACCAGGGUGGAGCAGGCCCUUGUCCAGAGCAGCCCCAUCAUGGAAGCAUUUGGGAACGCUAAGACUGUGUACAACAAUAACUCCAGUCGCUUUGGGAAGUUCAUCCAGCUCCACUUUUCCCAAAAUGGGAACAUUCAUGGAGGCUGCAUCAUCGACUAUUUGCUGGAAAAAAACCGUGUGGUUCGACAGAAUCCCGGAGAGAGAAACUACCACAUCUUCUACGCGCUGUUAGCAGGGGCUGACAAAGACCACAGAGACAUGUACUUACUGUCUGAAGGUCCUGAGUCAUAUCACUACCUGAGCCAGUCAGGAUGUGUGAAGGACAGCAGUCUGGAUGACAAGCAGCUCUUUGACUAUGUGAUGGAGGCUUUGAAAGUGAUGGAAUUCACAGAGGAGGAGAUCAGAGAUGUGUUCAAGUUGCUGUCUGCUGUCCUCCAGAUGGGCAACAUUGAGUUCAUGACUGCUGGUGGAGCUCAGAUCACUUCAAAAGGGGUGGUCAGUAACGUGAGUGAACUGCUCGGCCUGGACUCCUUCCAGCUGUCAGAGGUCUUAACCCAGCGCUCCAUGAUCCUCAGAGGAGAGGAGAUCUGCUCACCCCUCACUGUGGAGCAGGCAGUGGACUCGCGGGACUCGGUUGCCAUGGCGCUUUACUCUCAGUGUUUCUCCUGGAUCAUAAUGAGGAUUAACCAGAAGAUUAAAGGAAAAGACAACUUCAAGUCCAUCGGCAUCCUGGACAUCUUCGGCUUUGAGAACUUUGAGGUGAACCGGUUUGAACAGUUUAAUAUCAACUAUGCCAACGAGAAACUCCAAGAGUAUUUCAACAAACACAUCUUCUCACUGGAGCAGCUGGAAUACAACAGGGAGGGGAUCCAGUGGGAAGCCAUAGACUGGAUGGAUAACGCAGAGUGUCUGGAUCUCAUAGAGAAGAAACUGGGCAUGUUGGCUCUUAUCAAUGAGGAGAGUCGCUUCCCCAAAGGCACAGACUAUACCCUUCUGGAGAAAUUACACAGCCGACAUGCAACAAACCUAUACUAUGUGAAGCCCCGAGUGACUGACCACCAGUUUGGCAUCAAGCACUAUGCUGGAGAGGUGCUUUAUGAUGUGCGAGGGAUCCUGGAGAAGAACAGAGACACCUUCAGAGACGACAUCUUGUUUAUUCUGAAAGACAGCAGGCUUGACUUUAUCUACGACCUCUUCGAGCGUGUCGGGAGCAGGAAUGGAGAUGAGACCCUGAAGAUGGGCACAGCCAGACGCAAGCCCACCGUCAGCUCUCAGUUCAGGGACUCUCUCCAUUCCCUGAUGGCCACACUAAGUGCCUCCAACCCUUUUUUUGUGCGUUGCAUCAAACCAAACAUGGACAAGAAAGCCAACCAGUUUGAUCCUGAUGUCGUACUUAACCAGCUGAGAUACUCUGGGAUGCUGGAAACAGUGAAGAUCCGCAGGGCUGGGUUUCCUGUUCGCAGAACCUUCAAGGACUUCUACAGCAGGUACACGAUGAUCCUGAAGAGCAAAAUCCACUCAGACGAUGAGAAGCAAAGCUGCUCAGAGCUGCUCAUACUCCAUGACAGAGCCAAGAAAGAGUGGCAACUGGGGAAGACAAAGGUGUUCUUGAAGGAGGCCCUGGAGCAAAGGCUGGAGAAAGAGAGGGAAGAGGUGCGGCGCAGGGCUGGCAUGGUGAUCCGCGCCCACAUCCUCAGCUAUGUGGCAAGGAAACAAUAUAAAAAGGUUCUGUCCAGCGUCGUCACCAUCCAGAAGAACUACCGCGCUCACUUUUGGAGACGCGUCUUCCUGCGCCUGCGCUUGGCCACCAUCGUCCUGCAGAGGCAUCACAGAGGCCAGCUGGCCCGAUCCUUCUGUCGCCAGCUCAAGGAGGAAAAACAGAAGCGAGAGGAAGAGGAUAGGAGGAGGAGAGAAGAAGAAGAAGAGGACAGAAGGCGAGUAGAGGAGGAGAAGAGGAGGAUGGAGGAGGAGAGGAGAAGGAGGGAGGAGGAGGAGGAGAAACAGAGGCUGAUGGACGAGGAGAUGAAGAGGAGGGCAGAGGAGGAGUCAAUGAGGAAGGAGGAGCUGAGACUGAAGGAGAAAGAGGAAGAGCAGAAAAUGGCAGCUAAAGCAGACAAGAAAAGGAACUCACUACUUAAUGGUGCUUGUCAGAAGAAGGAACUGUCCCAGUCUCUGUCCUACAGUCACACCUCUGAGGAAGAGAGCCGUCAGAUGGAGGAGAUCCUGCGGCUGGAGAGGGAGAUCGAGCGUCUGCAGAAGCAGCAGGAAGACGGCGUGUCCCUCCUCGGAGACGUCUCUCAUGAGGAGCUACGCCAGAUGAGGGACGCUGAGAUCUACAGACUGGAGAAGGAAGCUUCCCGUGUUGCUACUGAGUUCCUGGAGCUGCUGGACUUCGGUGGUUUAGAGCCAUCCCUCUCGAGUGAGGAGAACCUCCACGACCCGACUGAAUCCACCGCCCCUCUGGCUGAGGAGGAGGUAGACGAGGGUUUCCACGCCGAGGAUGAGUGCAUUCCUCUGCCUGACUUCCCUCCUCCGGCUGUGGUUCCUCUGGACAAGGAAGUAUUCCAAAGUAUUCCCCCUCCUCCGCCUGCCUUUGCAGAAGGACUAAUGGUCUCCCCCUCUUCGGCCUCCUCUCCUGCACUGGGAAAGCUCUCCACAGUUACCCCCAACGGACUGAGUCAUACCCCUGUUCUCACAGACUCCCAAACCCCCGGCCCUCCUCCUCCUCUUCCUCCCCCUCCUCCUCCUCCCCCCCUGGUCACUAAUGGAGAAAGUCAGCCAUGCCAGAGCACCAGCAGGGGGUCAGUCUUUGAGCAUGUGGGUGAGGAGCCGUCCCACUCAAACCUGCCAGACAUAGAGUCGGACUAUGACCAGGAGGAGUUUGAGGAGGUUCAUGGGAGCUCAGGUGCUAGCACCAACGAUGGCCAUAUCACAGAUGAGGAGGUGCUACGAAAAUCCUCCUGCACCCAGAACAGCCUGGACUCUUUCAGAGGCAGCUCGGACUCGUUCAUUGACAGCGACGAGGACAAUGAUGGCUAUGUGGACACAGAUGAGGAAGUUUCCAAUGGGAGAAUGAAUCUGCUGAAUGGCAGCGGGCCUCCAUACUUCCACGGCUACCUCUACAUGAAGAGUGGUCUGAUGAUCCCGUGGCGUCGUCGCUGGUGCGUGCUCAAGGACGAGACCUUCAUGUGGUUUCGGGCCAAGCAGGACUCCCUCAAAUCCGGCUGGCUUUACAAGAAAGGAGGAGGGAUGUCCACCUUGUCUCGGCGCAACUGGAAGAUGCGCUGGUUCGUUCUGCGCGAGUCGAAGCUCAUGUACUUUGAGAACGACAGCGAAGAGAAGCUGAAGGGAACCAUUGACAUCCGCUCAGCAAAGGAGAUAGUGGACAAUCAUGAGAAAGAAAAUGCACUGAAUAUUGUGACUGAGGAGAGAACCUACCACAUCUAUGCAGAGUCCCCAGAAGAUGCCAGUGGUUGGUUCAGUGUGCUGAGUCGGGUCCACAGCGCCAGCCCCGACCAGCUCAUGGAGAUGCACCAUGAACAGGCCAACCCAAAGAAUGCAGUGGGCACACUAGACGUGGGCUUGAUUGAUUCAGUUUGUGCAUCGGACAACCCUGAUAGACCAAACUCGUUUGUGAUCAUCACGGCUAACCGGGUGAUCCACUGCAACACGGACACACCUGAGGAGAUGCACCACUGGAUCGGCCUGCUGCAGAAAUCUAAGGGAGACUCCAGGGUUGACGGACAGGAGUUCUUAGUCAGAGGCUGGUUGCAUAAAGAGAUGAAGUCAGGAGCCAAGAGCACGUCUCUGAAGCUGAAGAAGCGCUGGUUUGUUCUCACCAGUAACUCUCUGGAUUACUACAAGUCAUCAGAGCGCAAUGCCUCCAAACUGGGAACUCUGGUCCUCAACAGCCUCUGCUCUGUGGUGCAGCCCGAUGAGAAGAUCUUCAAGGACACUGGUUAUUGGAAUAUAAUCGUCCAUGGGCGAAAGCACUCUUACCGUCUUUACACCAAAAUGCUGAAUGAAGCCAUGAGGUGGGCGAAUGCCAUACAGGGGGCAAUAGACAGCAAAGUUCCCAUUGAAACGCCGACACAGCAGCUCAUCAGGGACAUCAAGGAGAGCAGUUUAAAUGUGGAGGCUGUUGAGCAGACAUACUGGAGGAACCCCAUCCUGAGAUAUACCCAGCAUCCCUUGCACUCCCCUCUUCUACCUCUGCCCUAUGGAGAUGUCAGCGUCCACUUGCAAAAGGAAAAGGGUUACACCAGCCUGCAGGAUGAGGCCGUGAAGAUCUUCAACUCACUGCAGGAGAUGGAGGCAGUUUCUGACCCUGUUCCAAUCAUCCAGGGAAUCCUGCAGACCUGUCAAGACCUGAGGCCAUUAAGAGAUGAGGUUUACUGUCAGUUGAUCAAACAAACCAAUCACGUCCCGCACCCCAACAGUCCUUCCAAUCGCGCCCACUGGCAUCUCCUGACCUGUAUGAGCUGCACCUUUCUGCCCAGCCGAGGCAUCUUACGCUACCUCAAGUUUCACCUCAAAAGGAUUAAGGAGCUGUUCCCUGGUACAGAGAUUGAAAUGUUUGCCCAUUUCAUUGGUGAGUCUCUGAAGAAAACCAAGACCAGAGAGUUUGUUCCCUCCCAGGAGGAAAUCAUGGCACUGCUCACCAGACAGGAAAUGACAACCACAGUCUACUGCCACGGAGGAGGCUCCUGCAAGAUCUCCAUUAACUCACACACCACCGCUGGAGAGGUGGUUGAGAAGCUAAUCAGAGGUCUGGCUAUGGAGGACAGCAGGAACAUGUUUGCUCUCUUUGAGCACAACAACACUAUUGACAGAGCUGUGGAAAGCAGAGUCCUUGUGGCUGAUGUUUUGGCUAAAUUUGAAAGACUGGCCGGCAGCGAGGAAGCUGAGGAUGAAGGCCAGUGGAAACUUUAUUUCAAGCUCUACUGCUUCCUGGAUGUGGAGAGCAUGCCCAAGGAAGGGGUGGAGUUUGCCUUCAUGUUUGAGCAGGCCCAUGAGAGUCUGACCAGAGGCCACUUCCCUGCCCGUGAAGAGACCCUGCAGCACCUGGCCGCUCUGCGCCUGCAGUUCUUGUUCGGAGACAAAGCGCGUGUCACCUGGAGCCUGGAAAACGUCUACCCCGUGGGCCGCCUGCGCACUCGCAUCUUGCAGUUCACCAAGGUGGGUGGAGCCUCGGGGUCGGGCCAAACUCUGGAGCGUCGGAGGACUAGCUUCCUGGAUGGGACGCUGCGUCGGGGGUUGAAAACGGGCUCAAUGAAGAAGCAGCGCCUGGAGGAGGAGCAGAUGUUGGAGAUGUGGAUAAAGGAGGAGAUGUCCGCCACCAGAGCCAGCAUCGUGGAGAAGUGGUCUCGCCUCAAGGGUCUGGAUCAGCACCAAGCCAUGCUCAAAUACAUGAUCAUCAUCAAAGAGUGGCCUGGAUAUGGAUCCACACUGUUUGAUGUCGAGUGCAAAGAAGGAGGCUUCCCUCACGAUCUCUGGUUGAGUGUGAGUGCUGAGAAUGUGUCUGUCUACAAGAGAGGAGAACCCAAGCCUCUGGAGACAUUCCCAUAUGAGCACAUCAUCUUCUUUGGCGCUCCGCAGCCCUGCACCUACAAGAUCACCGUGGAUGAGCGAGAGAUGUUCUUUGAAACACCACAGGUUGGUGAAAUCACAAAAAUCAUGAAAGCCUACAUAAACAUGAUCGUGAAGAAGCGCUGCAGUGUGAAGUCUGUCUCCAGUUAUGGAACCAACUGGAUCAGGUGAUUGACUGUACAGGACACAAUAUGGACUCAGCCACUGUUCACCUGAACUAGAAAGAGCAAGAUGUAGAAAUGAGAAGAGCAACAAAUCACUUUGACAGAAAUCGUUUCUCAGAGCUUUUGACUGGCUUCGUAGCAACGCAAACAAACUCCAUCCAGAAAGAUUCCUUUCUUAGGAGACACAAAAAAUUGGUGAUGUCUUUACUGAUUGUGGCAAGUGUGGGAACAGUGACGCAUCUGCACCAUUUUAAGCUUUACAGUCGUCCUGAGUGUUGCCUCCCUCCAUGCAGUCUCCAAACCUGUUACUCUCAUUAGUUACACUGGUCAUUUUUAUCAUGCUACUUGAAAUGUAAUUCAGGUAUCAUUUGGUGGAUUUCAUUUCAAUAUCCAGAGAAGGAUGGACAGAGCUCUCCGGCUUUUUUUCCACCACAUAUUUCAAAUAAUUCAAGUCACACAUUAACAAUUUCCAAAAAUAGUGAAUUUCUUUCAAGCCUUUCUUUCAGGCCCCAAACUGUGUAAAAGAAUGUGUUGCAGUGGCAAACAUACACUGACCGAGUUGUCACAUUUUUAAGUGUUUUUUUUCUACAGAAUAUUGCGGCCCAUUGUAAUGAAUGUUCUCCUGAAUGGAGAUUCCCUCAGGUUAAUGUGUAAUAUAACUGUCAUCAUCCCAGGGAGAUUAUCUCCCUCAUUUUGCCUUAUUUAAGUUUUUAUUGUAGCUAUUUAAUCUGGAUUAACAGUGCAAAUGUGGCCUUUUCGGGAAUGGAGUGUAAAUUUUGGGGUGCUGAGUAUAGUGAGGAGUCAUGCUUCCAUGGGUGCAUGUGCCACAAAAUCACAUCCCUAUACUAAACAAAAAAACAGAAGAAAUUUUGCUUACUAUAAGUCAAAUAAAUGGAGCAAAUAAAAACAUUUUGUGUGAAUAACCACUGCAUCAGUGGAGAUGCAACGUCUGUAACCACUGCAGUACAGUAUUUUCUCAAAAGGCAUCAGUACUAAAAUCAAUUGAACUGUUUGGGCUCCUAGAACAAGUACUCUGCAUUGAGCUGAUUUAACGUGUACUGAGUUGAGGAUGUGUCUUUGAAACUUUUUGUAGUUGAAACUGAUGUUCAAGGAUGUGUUUUAGGAAGCAAGCAUGGUAUCGCCUGUUCAUUGUGUCUGUGUCUAAAGAACGUGUCUUUUCUUGUCAGUGAUGUCAAAGGCCAUGUGAGGGGUGGGGUAUUUAUUUAUUGAAGUGUCAACGAAUUGGGAGAAUAAGCUCAGAGAAGUGAACUGUGUGCUGGAAAUGUAAUGAUGCAGUUUUGCUAUUACUUUGUUUUUCUGUUAUAUGUGUGUUCAGGGACACAAAGAGUCAGAAACAGACAAGUUGUUCAUAAUUUACUAUUGAUUAUUCCCAUUUUUAAGUCCUGUUUCUGACCUUUUGUCAACAUGACAUAACCUAAGUGUGUUGCCCUCAGCACCCAACAUGUUCAAUUCCCUUUCCUGUCUCGCUAACCAGAGGAGAUUUCCUCUCAAGGCCACUGUAAAUGAACAAGGAUUCAAGCUUAUGCCAAUCAACCUACAGUAUAUUUCAUGAUAAUAAUGACAUGAUCCAAACUUAAUGAUCUUAGUAUUUACCUCACAUUGCAUCACUGUCUUCCAUUGCUCUCUGAUCGUACUCACUUAGGCGUUCUGGUCAGCUGCCGGCGGCCACACCAGAGACUGAUCUUGCCAUUGACGAUGACUGUAUUUCUGAGAUUUCUGAUUGUUUUGAAGAAGAAAAAUCAGAAAAUGUUUUAUAUCAGAAUUUAAAGAUGCUUUAAUAAAUUAUUGUAUUUCAAAAUCUG